AUGUUGGCUACCAACGAUGGCUCCAGACCAGAGUAAAAAGGCUCUGAAUUAGGGCGAGAGGACAGAAUGGAGGUUGUGGAGGACAGGCGCGUCAGAGUGUUGUGCUUCCAAGACGACGGAUUCAGGAGCACAAUGGAGGACGCUCACUCUGUAGCGGCAUGCGCCGGGGGCAACGUCUCGUUGAUAGGUGUAUAUGACGGACACGGCGGGGAUCAAGUGGCACGCUUCUGCGCCGGCAGCAUGAGCACCAUUCUGGAUUGCAAUCAGGCUUUCCGGGACGGCAACUAUGCAAGGAGCUUGCAUCAGGUAUUCAUGGAGGCAGAUUCACGGGCUCCAGGUGCUGACUGCUGUGGGAGUACAGCGACCGUGGCUCUGGUUACCGAUGACGGCCAGGUUUUUCUUGGCAAUGUUGGCGAUUCUUACUGCUGCUUGUUUGUGGAUGGGUACGUGAUGGAUAUCAGCCAGGAGCAUGACUGCAAGUGUCCUGGGGAGCUAGACAGGGUCGUCAAGGCGGGUGGCUAUGUGGAGAAGGGCUCGAAGGGACGCAUAACUUUGGCUGGCAAGGAAGACGAUGUCGAUUCGCUCAUGGUGACCCGCAGCAUUGGAGACUGGUCAUUCAAGAGCAAUCCACAGCUGAGUCGAGAAGAACAAGCCGUGAGUGCCGUUCCGGACAUUGUCAACUUUGAGAUUUCCAAAGGCUGCCACUUCCUUAUUCUUGCUUCUGAUGGAGUGGAUAAAAACAGCAUAGACGAUUACCAUUGUGGACAGAUUCAGAAGGCGUUGCAGGCCAGAGACUAUGAACAACUGAAGCAGGUCGUCUACAAGAUCUUAGGGUCUUCGAAGAACGACAACCAAACGCUGCUCUUGGUCGAGUUGAAGGCAGCUACUAAGCAACAAGUUCAUUCAUCGCCUUCAUUCACAAUGUCUAGUUGGUACACGAAUCCGAGCUUGUAUCAAUGAGCUGCGUCAACUCUGAGCUUGUUCGCGAAUGUCCCUGCAUCAAAACCAUAAACCGCACACCCUUAACAGCGAGUUCACGAGGCAAUUUUCCUAAGGUCUGUAGCAGGAUAGCAGUCUCUGAAAGCAUCUAGUUUGUAUUUUGGUGUCAGUUUGGUAAGUCAACAACAGGUGUAGCUUCGCCCAGUACAAGUAUCUUGGACACCACGCUCUUGAGAUACGCAGCAACAAGAGAUGCGCUCACGACCGAGCAGCUGGACACCGGCAAUGCCUGGGGGCAACGCCAGGCCGACGAUCAUCGCUGGGGCAAGAAAUCUAUGCUGCUGUGGAUUCUCCGCCGCUCGACGACCACGACGGCAUCGAGGAGUUCAGCGAGGCGAUAGAGGGCGAGAUCAAGGAACUCGAGGACGUCUUCAUGAAGCGCCCGAUUGCCAGGAUCAGACGAUCGGCAUUUGAAGUGGAAGGUAUGUUAGAAUGUUGAGAAAGUGUUGGUCACGUAAGCACAAAAUCAUUCAUUCAUUUAUAUGUUUACUAGAACCUAUAAGAUGACUUUAAUUUUUUAUUUUGUGUAUGCAAACAGUAUAUAAAAUGCAUUUUGUUGAGUC